CGGGCCGAGGGUUUCAAAGUACAGCAAACCCUACACCUGCCGCCGCGCGGCGCCCCCGUUGAAUGCGAUGGCCUCGGGUCCCGCGGAACCAGCCACCGCCGGCGAGGACGCGGGUGACGUUCGCUUUGCCGAGUUCUCGGACCUGCAGCUGCGGGAGAGGUUGCAGCGCAUACAGAAUGGGCUCGACAGGGGCGUCUACAGCGGCCUCCACGACGGCGGCGAGAAGAUCCAUCAGUUGUGCCGUGACAUCGACCACGAGAUCGCUCGACGCCGGAAGGUUUUCCAGGCCCCGCCCUCCUCCUCUUUCAUCAAUCUCUGUCGCUCCGCCCACUAUGGAGGCAGCAAACCGCACCGCGCUCCGGUGAGUGCGAUACCCUUGGCCGGCGAGGCGGGGGUCGAGGGUGCGGUGGAGGAUAGGCACAGCGCGCUGCACCAGCUUUCGGAUCUUGCUCUGCGGGAGAAGUUGCGGCGUCUACAGGACGGGGUCGGCGUCCUCGCCGGCCACCUCCCUGACGGCGGAAGGAAGUACUUUGCGUACAUCCGUGCCGUCCGUCUCGAGCUCGCUCGCCGCCAGGCCCUGCCCUCCCGCAACCAGUCGGCUGCCGCCGAACCCGGAGCAGGUGCGGUGUCGAAGGUCCUCAUCGUCAUAGCCAUGCAGGCAGAGAUGCUCCCACUCGUCCACCGGUUCCAGCUCCUCGAGGUGCCCACCGGCGAAUCCAUAUUUCCAAAAGGCGCCCCAUGGGCGAGAUACUGUGGCAACUACAAAGGCCUCCACAUUGACCUUGUAUGGCCUGGAAAAGAUCCCGCUCUCGGAGUUGACAGUGUCGGUACAUUAUCAGCAGCUCUUGUGACACACGCUUCUAUACAGUUCUUGAAGCCAGACCUUAUUAUCAAUGCUGGUACUGGUAGUGGCUUCAAGGCCAAAGGAGCAGGCGUUGGAGAUGUCUUCUUGAAAUCAGACGUUGUGUUCCAUGAUAGAAGAAUACCGAUUCCUGUCUUAGGCCUGUACGGAAAUGGAGCCCGGAAGACAUUUCUCGCACCUCCCCUGUUUCAGGUUGGGAAGCUUUCAACCGGCGAUUCUCGAGAUAUGUCUCCGCACGAUGUGUUAGAAAUACUGAGUAAUGGUGCUACAUUAAAGGAUAUGGAGGGAGCGGCGGUGGCACAUGUUGCUGAUAUGUUUUCAACACCUGCAAUCUUUGUCAAAGCUGUGACUGAAAUUGUCGAUGGAGAGAAGCCAAGGGCAGAGGAGUUUCUUCAAAACUUGACUGCUGCUACGAAGGCCCUGGACCAAGCUGUGGCCGAAGUGGUCAAUUUCGUCUGUGGCAAAUGCUUAUCUGAUCUUUGAUCUCCUUUUUGUUGGCAAGAUCCAUG